AUAAAAGAUUUUUGUUUAUCAAACCAAAUAAUAAUAAUAAAAAAGAUCCUAAAGAUUUCUGUUUCCAUUUUCACUUUAAUCUUCGUUCUUCCUCUUCUUUCUUCCUCCAUUUGCAGCGCUUAAUCCAAUUUGUCCGCCGCUUCCUCUGUGUCCUUGUACUGGUUUCAGUCUUCGUCCUGCAAUCGGAAGAAUCUGUUAUAAUUAUGCGAGCUCUUUAGUGAAGAGAAUGGAAACGGACUGGCUUGGUACGCUUUUGAAUACGAAAUUCUUCGGUUCUUGCGAUCUUCAUCCUAAUCUCAGGAAAAAUGAGAAAAAUAAAUUCUGCAUUGAUUGUAGUGUUAGCUUCUGCAAGAAUUGUACAGUACAUGAUCUUCAUCGGCAGGUUCAUAUCUGGAAAUAUGUCUAUCACGAAGUUGUUCGCGUUCAGGACGCGGAGAAAUACUUUCGCUGUUCAGAGAUUCAUACAUAUAAAGUCAAUGGUGAAAUAUCUGUUCAUCUAAACUCCCGUGGUCAAUCCGUCGACGCCAAACCACCAAAAACGAAGUCCGGUGGUUCUUGUGAAGACUGUGGUAGAUAUGUACAAUAUCCCAAUCGCUUCUGUUCAAUUGCUUGCAAGGUUUCUGUGAACUCAAAGCUUAAAGACCAGAGCAUAAGAACCAUCGUAUCUCUGAGCCCGGAUUUCGGUAACUUAUCGUUCAAGGAAAAAACUAGCGCCGAAACAAAUGCAAGCGAAUUGGAAUCAACCAUAUCAAUUGCAGAGUCCAGGGAAGAGACCAAAGCUAGCCCUUCAUCAUCUUCACAGCCAAGAAAACGCAGAAGGAAAGACACCCCUCACAGAUCUCCAUCCUUCUGAUAAGAUCCAACAUUUUCAUCUUCUUUUUAACUUCCUUGUGGCUCUCAAAUGGUACGCUUCUUAAAUUUUAUUUGCCAUGACUCUUUACAUGAAAUGCCUAGUAGUGAAAUCAUCAAUAUAAAAGUCUGAAUUUUAGAACACAAUGCAUUCUCACUACUCGCAUGAUUUCUAAAAUUUCUUUCUACAGCUUUGACUAGAAACAUUAGCUGCUUGAGAAAGCUGACAUGAACAGACAUUUUUGACCCAUUCUGAAGAAUUUUUAAUGUCCAUGUGAUUGCAUUUUCUGUCUGAAAUGGUUAAACAUAGCUAUUCUUCAUCA